AUGUUGUCCCUAAAUAUCUCAUCAUACUCAAAGCCAUCGGGAUAUCAGCUUUCUGAGUUAGCCAAGCCAGAGCUCAGCGAUCCAAAAGAUGUAAUCAUCAAGGUUCGCGCGGCGAGCAUCAAUCCGAUCGAUGUGAAGAAGGCCGAUGGAAUGUUGAAGUUGGCACACAAGGACUCAUUUCCAUAUAAAAUCGGCUAUGACUGUGCUGGUGUAGUUACCGAGGUGGGAUCGGAUGUGACCCGGUUUCAAGUCGGAGCUGAAGUCUAUACCAGACUACCGGAGGAUUCUCGAGGAUCCUGCAGUGAAUUUGUCAGAUGUCCAGAGGAACAAAUUGCCCUGAAGCCACCCUCAUUGUCAUUUGAGGAUGCAGCUUCAAUCCCCUUAGCGGCAAUGACUGCACUCCAAGCACUCAGAAAAUAUAAAGGAGAUCUGGCUGGAAAGACUGUCUUCGUGCCCGCCGGCCUUAGUGGAACGGGUCUAUUCGCAUGUCAAUUGGCAAAGAAUGUCUUCCAUGCAGGCAAGGUCAUCACCACAGUCUCGACCUCGAAGGUGGAAAAAGUCAACGAGCUCUUAGGCGAAGGAACAGUCGACAAGAUAAUUGACUACACGAAAUCCGACCCAAGGGAUGUCAUCAAGCCUGGCUCUGUGGAUUUCCUCUUCGACACAGUUGGCUCUGCAAUGGAGUACCUGUGCCUCAUGAAACCACAGUCGGGAUGUAUCUUGUCGGUUGCCACCAUGCCAUCAGGAAAUCAGCUUCAGGAAUCUUCAAUGAUGGAUCUGCCCGAUAAGCCUAGCAUUCCUAUCGCUCUUCGGCUGGGACUUAAUGCUUUCGAUUGUGUCCGUAAACUCAGGGCAUGGCGGUAUGGUGUUGAGUAUUCAUACAUGUUUUUGAAAUCGAGCAGUCAAGAUCUGGACGAGUUAAGAAGUCACAUCGAUCAACACAAGCUGAGAACGGUGGUUGGACACACUGUUGAGCUUUCCGACCUCGAAGCGGUGCGAUCCGCAUGUCAGAUUGUUUACAGUGGGAAAGGAGGUCUCGGGAAGGUGGUUGUCAAAGUUGCUAAUUCGUAG